GGAACAGGCAGAGUGGGGCCAGGUGGCAGAGGGGAGGGCGCGCGGCCGCCUGCAGGGAGGGGCCUUCCUCGCUGCCGCUCCCCACGCCCGCGCCUUCCCCUUCCCCAAAGAGGACACCCCUCCUUCCGCCCGGCCCGCUCCCCACCCUCGCGCGGCGCCGCCUCUCCCGCCGCCCGCCCUUGCCCGGAGCCUCCCAGGCAGCCAGCGAGCAGUGAGGGGAGCGCUCUGGGAUGGGACUUGGAGACUGCGGCGGCGGCGGACACGGCGGCAGCGGCGCGGGCUUCUCCCUCAACUCCCACGAGCGAUCCCCGCGGACAGCCGCGGCCCGGGCAAGGCGAGGCGGCCCGCGAGGGGGAGCCGGCGGCCGCGCCCCUGUGUCGCUUCCCGGGCGCCGUCGGCGGCGGCUGCAGCUUCACCCCUCUUCUCAUCUUGAAAAUGGAAAAGAUGCUAGCCAGCUGUUUUCUGCUGAUCCUCGGACAGGCCCUCCUCCUCCCCGUGGAGGCCAGGCAGCGGCUGCAUGAGAGGGCCACCGCUAGAGGCAGACACGCUCGGACCCACCCCCAGACGGCCCUCCUGGAGAGCACCUGUGAGAAUAAGCAGGCAGACCUGGUCUUCAUCAUCGAUAGCUCCCGCAGCGUCAACACCCACGACUAUGCAAAGGUCAAGGAGUUCAUCAUGGACAUCUUGCAAUUCUUGGACAUUGGUCCUGACGUCACCCGGGUGGGCCUGCUCCAAUAUGGCAGCACUGUCAAGAAUGAGUUCUCCCUCAAGACCUUCAAGAGGAAGUCCGAGGUGGAGCGUGCUGUCAAGAGGAUGCGGCAUCUGUCCACAGGCACCAUGACGGGUCUGGCCAUCCAGUAUGCCCUGAACAUCGCAUUCUCAGAAGCAGAGGGGGCCCGACCCCUGAGGGAGAAUGUGCCACGGGUCAUAAUGAUUGUGACAGAUGGGAGGCCACAGGACUCAGUGGCCGAGGUGGCUGCAAAGGCACGGAACACAGGCAUCCUAAUCUUUGCCAUUGGCGUGGGCCAGGUGGACUUCAACACACUGAAGGCCAUUGGGAGUGAGCCCCACGAGGACCAUGUCUUCCUGGUGGCCAACUUCAGCCAGAUCGAGACGCUGACUUCCGUGUUCCAGAACAAGCUGUGCACGGCACACAUGUGCAGCACCCUGGGGCACAACUGUGCCCACUUCUGCAUCAACACCCCUGGCUCCUACAUCUGCAAGUGCAAACAAGGGUAUAUUCUCAACUUGGACCAGAAGACUUGCAGAAUCCAGGAUCUGUGUGCCAUGGAGGACCAUGCCUGUGAGCAGCUCUGUGUGAACGUGCCAGGCUCCUUCGUCUGCCAGUGCUACAGUGGCUACACUCUGGCUGAGGACGGGAAAGGGUGUGUGGCUGUGGACUACUGUGCUUCAGAAAACCAUGGAUGUGAACAUGAGUGUGUAAAUGCUGAUGGUUCCUUCUCCUGCCGGUGCCGGGAAGGAUUUGCUCUUAACCCAGAUGAAAAAACGUGCACAAAGAUAGACUACUGUGCCUCACCCAAUCAUGGAUGUCAGCACGAGUGUGUUAACACUGAUAAUUCCUACUCUUGCCAUUGCCUAAAAGGCUUUACCCUGAAUCCAGACAAGAAAACCUGCAAAAGGAUCAACUACUGCGCGCUGAACAGACCGGGCUGCCAGCACGAGUGCGUGAACACGGAGGAAGGCGCCGCCUGCCGCUGCCGCCGGGGCUACGCGCUGGACGCCGACGGGAGGAGCUGCCGCCGGGUGGACCAUUGUGCGCAGCAGGAGCACGGCUGUGAGCAGCUGUGCCUGAACACGGAGGAAUCCUUCGUCUGCCAGUGCUCGGAAGGCUUCCUCAUCAAUGAAGACCUCAAGACCUGCUCCCGGGUGGAUUAUUGCUUGCUGAGUGACCACGGCUGUGAAUACUCCUGUGUCAACACGGACAGAUCUUUCUCCUGCCAGUGUCCUGAGGGACAUGUGCUCCGCAGUGAUGGGAAAACAUGCGAAAAGUUGGACUCUUGUGCUUUGGGGGACCACGGUUGUGAACAUUCCUGUGUAAGCAGUGGAGACUCUUUUGUGUGUCAGUGCUUUGAAGGGUAUACACUCCGUGAAGAUGGGAAAACCUGCAGAAGGAAAGACGUCUGCCAAGCAGUAGACCACGGCUGUGAACACAUGUGCGUGAACAGUGGCGAGUCAUACACGUGCAAGUGCCGGGAAGGAUUCCGGCUCGCUGAGGAUGGGAAACACUGCAGAAGGAAGGAUGUCUGUAAAUCCACCCAGCAUGGCUGUGAGCACACCUGUGUUAAUAAUGGGAAUUCCUACAUCUGCAAAUGCUCAGAGGGAUUUGUUCUAGCUGAGGACGGAAGACGGUGCAAAAGAUGCACUGAAGGCCCCAUUGACUUGGUCUUUGUGAUUGAUGGAUCCAAGAGCCUUGGAGAAGAGAAUUUUGAGGUUGUGAAGCAGUUUGUCACUGGGAUUAUAGAUUCCUUGUCGAUUUCCCCCAAAGCUGCUCGAGUGGGGCUGCUCCAGUAUUCCACACAGGUCCGCCCAGAGUUUACUCUGAGAAACUUCAGCUCAGCCAAAGACAUGAAAAAAGCUGUAGCCCACGUGAAAUACAUGGGCAAGGGCUCUAUGACUGGGCUGGCCCUGAAACACAUGUUUGAGAGAAGUUUUACUCAAGUAGAAGGGGCCAGGCCCAUCUCCGCACGGGUGCCCAGAGUGGUCAUCGUAUUCACCGACGGACGGGCUCAGGAUGACGUCUCCGAGUGGGCCAAUAAAGCCAAGGCCAAUGGCAUUACUAUGUAUGCCGUUGGGGUAGGAAAAGCCAUUGAGGAGGAACUACAAGAGAUCGCCUCUGAGCCCACAGACAAGCAUCUCUUCUAUGCUGAAGACUUCACCACAAUGGGGCAGAUAAGUGAAAAACUAAAGCAAGGCAUCUGUGAAGCUCUAGAAGCCUCUGAUGGAAGACAGGACUCCCCAGCAGGGGAACCACAAAAUAGAGUCCACCAGCCAACAGUGCAACACAGAUAUCUGUUUGAAGACGACAAUCUUUUACACUCUACACAAAAACUUUUCCAUUCAACAAAAUCAUCAGGAAGCCCUUUGGAAGAAAACCAUGAUCAAUGCAAAUGUGAAAACCUUAUAAUGUUCCAGAACCUUGCAAAUGAAGAAGUAAGGAAAUUAACACAGCGCUUAGAAGAAAUGACACAGAGAAUGGAAGCCCUGGAAAAUCGCCUCAGAUACAGAUGAAGGUUAGAAAUACUCUACAUAUCUGAACGUCACUGCAUCAAAGAUUACAGUGAAAGCAGUGCAGAGCCCCAAAGCUCAGGCUUACGUCAAUAAUGUUGUGAAGUAAAACAUAACCGGUACUGAGAAAGCCGGCUUGCUAUAGAACAAAGACAUUAAGUAGACACUAACUUGUAUAUGAUUAUCUAGAGGGGAAAAAAAUCUUUUGGAAUUCUGAGUCCACCAUGUGAGAAUAAAUAAGCUAUGCAAGGUAUUUUGUAAUAUACCAUGGACGUGACUUGCUUCUGCCUUGUCUUGCCUUAGAGUGUUGCAAUCUCAUUUCACUUUAAGAUGAAGUUUGCAGUCUUACUUCUGUAGAACACUGGCCAUAGGAAAUGCUAUUUUUUUGUAUUGGAUUUUACCUUGAUAUAUGUAUAUGGAUGUACGCGCAAAAUCAUAGGACAUAUGUACUUGAGUAACAAGUUGGAUUUUUUUUAUAUAUUAAAAUUUACUUCA